GUUGGCAUGUAUUAUGCUUUUUCGUUGUCACAAAUAAAAACGAAAUUAUAAUCCAGUAAUUAAAACCUGCUUUGAAAGACUUGUUUGUGAACUUUUCUGUGAUAAAUUUGUGUUCGUCAAACCCGGUAGAGGCGCAUUAAAAACUUUUCUCAUUCAAUAAUUCGGCGAGGAUGUCAAAGGAUCGCAGCUCGAGGCGGUUCUAUCGUGCGGAGUCCACUCAUGAUCUGUCGUCAUUCAUGGACCGCGGCCGCGCCGCCAGCGACGAGAACAGAUGGACCUUCGAGUGCGCCUGGGAAGUCGCCAACAAAGUUGGCGGUAUUUAUACGGUAAUAAGAUCGAAAGCAUUCGUCUCCACUGAAGAAAUGGGAGACAACUAUUGCUUGCUUGGUCCGUAUAAGGAGCAAUGCGCGCGAACUGAAGUCGAAGAGGGAGAGUUCCCCUCCGACUCCCCCCUGUUGACAGCCGUUAACGCCAUGAGGAGUAAAGGUUACAAGUUACACACGGGCACUUGGCUGGUAGAUGGGAACCCUCAAAUAGUUCUUUUCGACAUCGGGUCUGGGGCGUGGCAGUUGGAUGCUAACAAGCAGGAGCUAUGGGACACUUGUUCCGUCGGCAUCCCGCAUCUCGACGUGGAGGCCAAUGACGCCGUGAUCCUAGGGUUCAUGGUCGCGCAGUUCAUAAGCGAGUUCCGCGAGGCGGUGGAGGGGCGCGGUGGGGUGCCGGCUCGCGUGGUGGCGCAGUUCCACGAGUGGCAGGCGGGAACCGGGCUCAUCGUUCUAAGGGUACGCCAUGUUGACGUGGCGACCGUAUUCACGACUCACGCGACGCUCCUCGGCAGAUACCUCUGCGCUGGCAACACAGACUUCUACAAUAACCUGGAUAAGUUCUCGGUGGACGAGGAGGCGGGAAAGAGACAGAUAUACCACCGCUACUGCAUGGAGCGGGCCGCCUCGCAUAUGGCGCACAUCUUCACCACCGUCUCCGACAUCACGGGAUACGAAGCCGAGUACCUGCUCAAACGGAAGCCGGACAUCAUCACCCCGAACGGUUUGAACGUGAAGAAGUUCUCGGCGCUGCACGAGUUCCAGAACCUGCACGCCCUCGCCAAGGACAAGAUACACGAAUUCGUUAGGGGACAUUUUUACGGCCAUUUCAAUUUCGAUCUCGACAAAACCUUGUAUUUCUUCAUCGCUGGACGAUACGAGUUCGGGAACAAGGGAGCCGACAUAUUCAUUGAGGCGUUAGCGAGACUCAACCAUUAUUUGAAAUCGUCGGGCUCCGAGGUGACGGUGGUGGCGUUCCUGAUCUUCCCGGCGAAGACGAACAACUUCAACGUGGAGUCCCUCCGCGGGCACGCGCUCACCAAGUCCCUGCGCGACACCAUCCAGCACGUGCAGCAGCGCGUCGGCGCCAGGAUGUACGACGUGUGCCUCCGAGGCCACGUGCCGGAGCCCACCGAGCUGUUGCUAAAGGAGGACACAGUGCGCCUCAAGCGCUGCAUUUACGCGCUGCAGCGGGACGGCCUGCCCCCUGUCACCACGCACAACGUCGUGGACGACUGGAGUGACCCCGUGCUGAACUCCAUAAGAAGAUGCGAGCUGUUCAACACUGUCAACGACAGUGUCAAGGUGAUAUUCCACCCGGAGUUCCUGACGUCCACGAACCCCCUGUUCGGUCUGGAGUACGAGGAGUUCGUGCGCGGCUGCCACCUCGGCGUGUUCCCCUCGUACUACGAGCCCUGGGGCUACACGCCGGCCGAGUGCACCGUCAUGGGCAUACCUAGCAUCACGACCAACCUGUCCGGGUUCGGUUGCUUCAUGCAGGAGCACAUCGCGGACCCCAUGUCCUACGGGAUCUACGUGGUGGACCGGCGGUACAUCUCGCUGGAGGGCUCCGUGCAGCAGCUCGCGCAGUACAUGUACGACUUCACCAAAAUGUCUCGUCGUCAACGCAUCAUACAGAGGAACCGAACUGAGAGGCUGUCGGAUCUACUGGACUGGAGGAACCUUGGAAUUUACUACCGGCAGGCCCGCGCGCGCGCCCUGCGCACCGUGUACCCGGAGUACGUGGACCACGCGGACGUGCAGCUGGAGCGCGCCUUCACCUACCCGCGCCCGCUGUCCGAGCCGCCCAGCCCCGCGCACUCCAGAGCCACGACUCCGGCCGCCUCGGUCCAUGGCUCCGACAGCGAGGAGGACGAGGUGGACGACGAGAAAGAGCUGGCUGAGCUGAGGAUCAGCCACGACUGAUUGGAGCCUCCGUAAUCAGAGCCAUGACGUCGGUGGUAGCGCUGCGGUGAGGGGCUGCCUCUAGUCCAGCUAACAGGGUAGGCUAUCAAUUCUCAUGACGCGACGAGUUGGAGCGUCACAGGUCCUUCGAACGUGGUGUCUGUGCUGAUGUCCACGGGUGCAGGGUAGGUAAGGUCACUCGCGGUAUUACCCCAUCCAGAACCCAGGUCGCAUCUUUCAAAUAUCAGAUACAAUAAAUGCAAUAAUAACCUAAUUCCUUAAAGCUAUUUAAAAAUCAAAUUCCUAUUUUAAAUUCGCGCACAUCGGACCUUUCGCUUGUUGCGCGUACCCGGUCGCCGGCGAUAGAUCGAUUUGAAUAUCGUUCGUUCUAUUUUAGAAUUUGAAUCCGUCGUCAUGGCUCUGAUUGGUAGACGAGAGCACGGGUACAGUCCGCGUCCGGUGAGACGGAGCUAGUCCCGGCUAGCGCUGUCUCUGUCACACGACUCGACCGACGAACAAAAGCUUUGGGCGUGGACUGUACCGUACAGCACUCGUGUCUCUAUAUUUUGGUUGUUAUAUAAGAAGGAGUUAAAGGAAGUCUCUCUGCGGAAGCUCCCUACGACCGAAGUGGCUUUAACCUUUUUUAAUAGUUUAGCUUAUUUUCACACAUUUUGCAAUAAAAAGCUAAGUUUUUGAAAAAAAAAACAAAAAUCGAUGCUAAAUUUACAGCGAAAUAUAUUUUAAUGGUUAUUUAUAAAUGUUUUUGAUUUAGUACAGGUCGAUAUCUAACACUCAAAAUCAUUGACGCUUCACACUUUAUACGCAUUAAUAAGUACAUAUAUCGACGGUUCGCGCUCUAAGGAUUAAGAUGGCGCUGUAAGAAUGUAAAAAUUUCUAAAUUUGUAUAUGACAUUUUUCAUUCAUUAGAUUUCGAAUGACCAAUUCGAACGAAGCCUUACUAUCAUUGUAAUGAGCGUCAUUUUAUAGGUCUUAUUGAAAUAAUGGCUUAGAUAAUUUAAGUUGCGUACGAGAGACUCCUUGACUCUGCUUCUGUUCGUACGAGCGUCGGUUAAUUGCAGAAGACGCCGCCAGGACACGAAACUAUUAUCCUUGUUUUUUUUUUUUAAAUCAUAGACAAACAAGAUGUAUGUGUUUUAGGCUGUAUACAGAUCGUUCUCUGUGCCGAUAUAGUAAUUUGAAUUAAAAAACAAUUAAUUUCCUGAUUAUUGUUGUUUCGAAUAAGCCGUCACGGUCGCGCGAGGGCGUUGAUACCGCGCGUCAGUUCAUUAUUAAUUGUGAUACAUUGCGUGUCCUUAAAACGCGUCGAUGGAAAGGAACUUGCAAGUAAUCGACACUCUUACAAUUAUUUAUAUACAUAUUGUAUAAUCAGGUUUAGUGUAAGUUAAUUUUUUUAAUUAAACUUUUAUACAUAUAAGAAUUCCUUUUUUAUCAUUACGUGUUAAUAAAAUGAGACGUGCCAUUAAAUAAAUAUAUUUAUCGAAUUGAGACUCUUCAUUUUAUGAAGUCGGUUAAAAAAAAUGGACGUCAUAUGACGUCACGUACACUAUUUAUACGGAAUUGUAUUCACGUGUCAUGAACUAUAUACAUAUAUAUAAUAUAUGAGUCGUCUUUUAUCAAAGGUGGCAAUCUGUGCAUUUGGACAA